AUGUUGCCGAGUCGCGUUAACCAACACAACCCUACAACAUCCAGAGCCUUAAGGAACUCCGGGCGGAUCUCAUCCACCCCCGGUGCCUUACCACCGAGGAGCUUUUUAACCACCUCGGUGACCUCAGCAUCCGAAAUUGGAGAGCCCACCCCAAGGUCCCCUGGCUCUGCUUCCUCAAUGGAAGGCGUGCUGACGCCGUAUGGUGGACCAGAAUCGCCUCGAAACCGUACGGAAGUCAUUUUCCAUGGCCUCUCCGAACUCCUCCCACGCCCGAGUUUUUGCCUCAGCAACCACCCGUGCCGCAUGCCGCUUGGACUGCCGGUACCCGUCAGCUGCUUCCGGAGUCCCACGGGCCAGAAAGGCCCGAUAGGACUCCUUCUUCAGCCUGACAGCAUCCCUCACCGCCGGUGUCCACCAGCGGGUUCGAGGAUUGCCGCCACGACAGGCACCGACAACCUUGCGGCCACAGCUCAGGUAGGCCGCUUCAGCAAUGGAGGUGCGGAACAUGGCCCACUCGGACUCAAUAUCCCCAACCUCCCCCGGAACGUGUUUGAAGCUCUCCCGGAGGUGGGAGUUGAAGCUCCGUCUGACAGGAAAAUAUGUGGCACGAAAUAUUACGAUGUACGGAUUUCGUACGAUUGUCGUAUAAAGUCCCCCCAAUAG